AUGAUAAGUCUUAUAAGGGUUCAAUACCAUUCCUUGUUUAUAAAUGCUGGUGGCGAGGGUGCAAACAUUGGAGGAAAGUAUUAUGAUGCAGAUAAUAUAUCAUCAAAUUCUUUCUAUGUAGAUCCAACAAAGCGUUGGGCUUAUGUUUGUUCGGGAGAUUUCUUAUCAACAACAGCCAAUUCCAGUGAUAACAUAAGGAACAAUACAUGUGGAGUUUCUUCUCCUGAGGCAACUUUAUAUGACAAAGCUCGCAUUUGCCCUCAGUCUCUGACAUAUUAUGGUUUCUGCUUGCAAAAAGGCAAUUACACUGUGGAACUUGACUUCGCUGAAAUUGUAUUUUCAAAAGAUGAAGACUACAGUAGUCUGGGAAAGCGUGUGUUUGAUGUGUAUAUUCAGGUAAUGCUUUUGUUUUUUCUGGAAAUGCCAUUUCAGUAA